AUGGAGUGGCCUUUGCCGCUGCAGAGGUCUCUCAGUUGCGGAAUUGUGUCAUCCCAGGGAACACAUUUCAGGAUCAAGCCCUUCUUUGGAUUUUUGCCUAUGGGACCACACAAUCCUUUGGGUGGAGAUCUGGUCAUAUGGCAGCCAAGAUCACAUAUUCGGAUUACUGCAAGUGCGGAUUUUUCAAGAAGGCGGCGAGGAAAAAGUUCCACGCCAAGGUCUAAGGAUUCUACACCAAGGGGUUUUGGGCCUAGAACACAGGUCCCUACGAGUACACAGAAAAAAGACCGAAAGAACAAUGAAGAAAAGGAAGGUCCGGGUACUUCUUCACAAAAUGAGUUCGGGAGCUUGAGUGCUGACACUCCAGAUCCACAAAUUAGGUCUGAUGAGGUAGAGACAACCAACAUUAAUCUAGUACCAGAAUUAGAUGAGGACAGCGACGGUGAAAGUAAUGGUGAACAUGAUGUUGUUGGUCUAGAGGUUCCAUCAACGCGUGAAGCAUUUCCUGUCAGCAAAAUGAGUCAAUUUGAAGAGAAUGUCCAAAUUUCUGAUGUUAAUAAGCAUGUUACUGAAUCAAAAGAUGCAGAAAGAAUAUCCAAGAGUGAGGAAAAAUUGGCAGCAACUGGAGGUGUUGACGUCUCAGUACGUGAAAGUGUUAUUGAAAGAGAACAGAUAAAUGCUGAAAGUAGUAACAAUCAAUGGCAAGAAAGAAUAAAGAAAGAUCAGGUUGGAAGCAUCAAAACCACUGAUGAGUCCCACAAAGGUUCAUCAUUUGUAAAGCCAGAGCCAGUUGAUGACAGUUAUACUUCAAUAAGUGAGCUUAAGAGAAAGGAAGAUGAAUUUCUAAAGCUAAAAUUGGAAAGUGAAGAGAGUUUACGUGAAGAGACAAUAAACAGGCUUGCUGAUGAUAAUUUUAGAAAAGGAAACAAAUUGUUUUAUUACCCGGAGCUGGUAAAACCUGAUCAACGUAUGGAGAUAUUUUUCAAUAGGAGUUUCUCCACUUUGAAAAAUGAACCAGAUGUUAUGAUCAUGGGAGCCUUCAAUGACUGGAAAUGGAAAUCAUUUGGCAUGAAAUUGAGCAGAAGUAAUCUUAAGGGUGAUUGGUGGUCUUGCCAGUUGUAUGUUCCUAAGGAAGCAUACAAAAUUGAUUUUGUGUUCUAUAAUGGGAAAGAUGUCUAUGAAAACAAUGACAAACAAGAUUUCUGCAUAGUUGUGGAUGGUGGAAUGGAUGUGUUUGACUUUGAAAAUUUUUUGCUUGAAGAGAAAAUGCGUGAACAGGAGGAUUUAUUGAGACAGAAAGCUGAAAGGGAAAGACAAGAAGAAGAACAAAGACGUAUAGAAGCAGAAAAGGCAGCAAGUGAAGCUGAUCGAGCUCAAGCCAAAGAGGAAGCUGCUAAGACAAGAGGGAUGAUGCAAGUAGUGAUGAAAAAGGCUCUCAUAUCAGUUGAUGAUGUCUGGUAUAUAGAGCCUAAGCCUAGGGAUGUGGAAGGCAAUGAGAUGGUCAGGUUAUAUUACAACAGGAGCUCAGGACCACUUUCUCAUGCUAAAGACCUAUGGAUUCAUGGAGGGUAUAAUAAUUGGAAAGAUGGGCUGUCCAUUGUUUCAAAGCUCAUCAAAUCCGAGAAAUAUGGGGACUGGUGGUUUGCUGAUGUUGUUGUGCCUGAUAGAGCCCUUGUCUUGGACUGGGUUCUCGCUGAUGGUCCACCUCAGCAAGCAGUUGUUUACGACAACAAUAAUUUGCAAGAUUUUCAUGCCAUUGUCCCUAAAUCCAUUGAUGAGGAACUAUAUUGGGUUGAGGAAGAGCAGAUAAUUUUUAGAAGACUUCAGACUGAAAGGCGAUCUAGAGAAGAAGCAAUACGAGCUAAGGUUGAAAAAACUGCACGUCUGAAAGCAGAAGCGAAGGAAAAAACUCUGAGAACAUAUUUGUUGUCUCAGAAGCAUAUAGUCUAUACUGACCCUCUUGAUGUCCAUGCUGGAAGCACAGUGAGUUUGUUUUAUAAUCCUGCCAACACAGUCCUAAAUGGAAAGUCUGAAGUCUGGUUCAGAUGUUCAUUCAAUCGCUGGACGCAUCGCAUGGGUCCGUUGCCACCUCAAAAAAUGAUUCCUGCUGAAAAUAGUUCACACCUUAAAGCAACUGUCAAGGUUCCACUGGAUGCAUAUAUGAUAGACUUUGUUUUCUCUGAGAGAGAAGAUGGUGGGAUUUUUGACAACAAGAAUGGUAUGGAUUACCACAUACCUGUACUUGGAGGAGUUGUGAAGGAGCCCCCAAUGCACAUUGUACAUGUAUCUGUAGAAAUGGCUCCAAUCGCAAAGGUAGGGGGUCUUGGUGAUGUUGUAACAAGUCUUUCACGAGCGGUCCAGGAUAUGAACCACAAUGUGGAAAUCAUUAUCCCAAAGUAUGAUUGCCUGAAUCUCAGCCAUGUGAAGGAUUUGCAGUUCCAUAAGAGCUAUUCUUGGGGUGGCACUGAAAUUAAAGUUUGGUUCGGGAAGGUAGAAGGCCUUUCUGUUUAUUUUUUGGAACCUCAGAAUGGAUUAUUUUGGGUUGGCUGCAUCUAUGGACGUGGUAAUGAUGGGGAAAGGUUUGGUUUUUUUUGCCAUGCAGCUCUAGAGUUUCUUUUGCAAAGUGGAUCCCACCCAGAUAUAAUUCACUGUCACGAUUGGUCUAGCGCUCCAGUUGCAUGGUUGUUCAAAGAACAGUAUAUGCAUUAUGGCCUCAGUAAAGCCCGCAUUGUUUUCACCAUACACAACCUUGAAUUUGGAGCUCAAUUGAUUGGUAAAGCUGUGGCUUUUUCAGACAAGGCUACAACGGUAUCACCAACAUAUUCCCGGGAAGUUUCUGGGAAUCCUGUAAUUGCUCCUCAUCUUUACAAGUUUCAUGGUAUCCUAAAUGGAAUUGACCCAGACAUAUGGGAUCCAUAUAAUGAUAAGUUUCUUCCUGUAUCUUAUACUUCAGAAAAUGUUGUCGAAGGCAAACGAGCUGCCAAAGAAGCUUUGCAGCAAAAACUUGGGCUGAAAAAGGCUGAUCUGCCCAUGUUAGGAAUCAUUACUCGACUGACUCACCAGAAAGGGAUCCACCUCAUCAAACAUGCAAUCUGGCGAACCCUGGAACGGAAUGGACAAGUGGUCCUGCUGGGUUCAGCUCCUGAUCCUAGGAUUCAGAAUGAUUUCGUUAAUUUGGCAAAUCAACUGCAUUCUUCACAUACUGAUCGUGCACGCCUAUGUCUGACAUAUGAUGAGCCUCUAUCACACUUGAUAUAUGCUGGUGCAGAUUUUAUUCUUGUCCCUUCAAUUUUUGAACCUUGUGGACUAACUCAACUCACAGCCAUGAGAUACGGUUCAGUCCCUGUUGUGCGCAAAACUGGAGGACUCUAUGAUACUGUUUAUGAUGUUGACCAUGACAAAGAAAGGGCACAAGAACAAGGCCUUCAACCAAAUGGAUUUAAUUUUGAUGGAGCAGAUGCAGGAGGUGUUGAUUAUGCUCUGAAUAGAGCAAUAACUGCUUGGUACGAGAAGAGGGAGUGGUUUAAUGCAUUGUGCAAGUGUGUUAUGGAGCAAGAUUGGUCCUGGAACCGGCCUGCUCUUGAUUACUUGGAGCUCUACAAUGCUGCACGCAAGUGAGAAAAGAUCAAGACACAGUUCUGUACAGGUUUAAUCGCUAGUUCCCACAUCUGUUUAUUACUUUGGAGUAAAAUAUGACGUAAUCAUAAAAACAAUAUGGUUUCUAAUAUUCCACACCUUGUAUCCCUCGUGAUGACAAUAAUGGAGUCUCAUGAAGUUUUCCAAGUGAAAAUAAUAGCUAAGACGUUUUCUGUUGGCA